GCGGCGCGCGCGGCCGCAGAGGAGGCGGCCCGGCCGAGGCCGCGGAGGAAGGAGGUCGGGAGGAGCCUGCGCCCGGCCCGCGGCGCGGCCGCCCAGGAAGCCUCGUGGAAGUGGCGGGAGCGCGGCGAGCCCGCGCCCAUGGCUCUGAGCAAAGGGCUGCGGCUGCUCGGGCGGCUGGAGGCCUCGGGGGAGAGCAGCGUCCUGCUGGAGGCGCGGGGCCGCGGGGACUGCCUGCUCUUCGAGGCCGGCACGGUGGCCACGCUCGCUCCUGAGGAAAAGGAGGUUCUUAAAGGCCAGUAUGGAAAGCUCACGGACGCCUACGGCUGCCUGGGGGAGCUCAGGUUGCGGUCUGGUGGCACCUUUCUGAGCUUCCUGGUUUUGGUGACAGGCUGCACGUCUGUGGGCAGGAUUCCUGAAGCCGAAAUCUACAAAAUCACCGCCACUGACUUUUACCCACUCCAGGAAGAGGCCAAGGAGGAGGACCGCCUCGUGGCCUUGAAGAAGAUCCUCAACUCGGGGGUCUUCUACUUCUCGUGGCCCAACGAUGGCUCCUGCUUCGACCUCACCAUCCGGGCGCAGAAGCAGGGCGAUGCCAGCUCUGAGUGGGGAAACUCCUUCUUCUGGAACCAGCUGUUGCACGUGCCCCUGCGGCAGCACCAGGUGAGCUGCUGCGACUGGCUGCUGAAGGUCAUCUGCGGCGUGGUGGCCAUCCGCACCGUGUACGCCUCUCACAAGCAGGCCAAGGCCUGCCUCAUCUCCCGCAUCAGCUGCGAGCGCGCCGGCGCUCGCUUCCACACCCGCGGCGUGAACGACGACGGCCACGUGUCCAACUUCGUGGAGACGGAGCAGACGAUUUACAUGGAUGAUGGAGUGUCAUCUUUUGUCCAGAUCAGAGGCUCCGUCCCGCUGUUUUGGGAGCAGCCAGGGCUUCAGGUGGGCUCCCAUCAUCUGAGACUCACGCGAGGCCUGGAAGCCAACGCCCCUGCUUUCGACAGGCACAUGGUGUUUCUCAAGGAGCAGUAUGGGAAGCAAGUGGUAGUGAACCUGCUGGGCAGCAGAGGCGGAGAAGAGGUGCUCAACAGAGCCUUCAAGAAGCUGCUCUGGGCUUCUUGCCACGCCGGCGACACACCUAUGAUAAACUUUGACUUGCAUCAGUUUGCUAAAGGCGGGAAGCUAGAGAAAUUGGAGAACCUGCUGAGGCCCCAGUUGAAGCUGCACUGGGAUGACUUUGACGUGUUCGCCACGGGCGAGAAUGUAAGUCCACGUUUUCAGAAAGGCACUUUGCGGAUGAACUGUCUCGACUGCUUGGACCGAACCAACGCCGUGCAGAGCUUCAUUGCCCUCGAGGUCCUCCACCUGCAGCUCGAGAGCCUCGGGCUGAAUUCAAAGCCCAUCGCCGACCGCUUCGUGGAGUCCUUCAAAGCCAUGUGGUCUCUGAAUGGGCACAGCCUGAGCAAGAUGUUCACGGGCAGCCGGGCCCUGGAAGGCAAGGCCAAGGUGGGGAAGCUGAAGGACGGGGCGCGGUCCGUGUCUCGCACAAUCCAGUCCAACUUCUUCGACGGAGUGAAGCAGGAGGCCAUCAAGCUGCUGCUGGUCGGGGACGUCUACACUGAGGAGUCGGCAGACAGAGGACGGAUGCUGCUGGACAACCCGGCCCUGCUGGUGACCCCCAGGAUCCUGAGAGCCAUGUCGGAGCGCCAGUCGGAGUUCACGAAUUUCAGGCCUGUGCGCGUGGCCGUGGGCACCUGGAACGUGAACGGCGGGAAGCAGUUCAGGAGCAAUCUGCUGGGCACGGCCGAGCUGGCAGACUGGCUGCUGGACGCGCCCGCGCUCUCUGGAGUCACCGGACCACAGGAUGACAGCAGCCCAGCUGACAUAUUUGCCGUGGGGUUCGAAGAGAUGGUGGAAUUGAGCGCAGGGAAUAUUGUCAAUGCCAGCACCACCAACAGGAAGAUGUGGGGCGAGCGGCUUCAGAAGGCCAUCUCACGCUCGCAUAGGUACAUUCUCCUGACGUCGGCACAGCUGGUGGGCGUCUGUCUUUAUAUCUUCGUCCGUCCAUACCACGUCCCGUUCAUCAGGGAUGUGGCGAUUGACACGGUGAAGACGGGCAUGGGGGGGAAGGCGGGAAACAAAGGCGCCGUGGCCAUCCGCUUCCAGUUCCACAGCACCAGCUUCUGCUUCAUAUGCAGCCACCUGACGGCCGGGCAGUCCCAGGUGAAGGAGAGAAACGAGGAUUACAGGGAGAUCACCCAGAAGCUGAGUUUCCCCAUGGGAAGAAACAUUUUUUCUCACGAUUAUGUGUUUUGGUGCGGUGAUUUCAACUACCGCAUCGAUCUCACUUACGAAGAGGUCUUCUAUUUCGUUAAACGCCAAGACUGGAAGAAGCUUCUGGAAUUUGAUCAGCUACAGCUGCAGAAAUCAAGUGGAAAAAUUUUUAAAGAUUUUCACGAAGGCACCAUUGACUUUGGGCCCACCUACAAGUAUGAUGUUGGCUCGGCUGCCUAUGACACAAGUGACAAGUGCCGCACCCCUGCCUGGACAGACAGGGUCCUGUGGUGGAGGAAGAGGCAUCCUUUUGACAAAACAGCCGGAGAACUCAACCUUCUAGACAAUGGCCUGGAUGCUGACCCCAAAGUUAGACACGCCUGGUCCCCUGGCACCCUCAAGUAUUAUGGCCGAGCAGAGCUUCAAGCGUCUGACCACAGACCCGUGCUGGCCAUCGUGGAGGUGGAAGUGCAAGAAGUCGAUGUGGGUGCUCGGGACAGGGUGUUCCAGGAAGUGUCCUCUUUCCAGGGCCCCCUGGACGCCACUGUCGUCGUCAACCUUCAGUCGCCGACCUUGGAAGAGAGAAAUGAGUUCCCCGAGGACGUGCGCCUGGAGCUCAUGCAGACCUUGGGGAGCUACGGCACAAUCGUGCUCGUCAGGAUCAACCAUGGGCAGAUGCUGGUGACUUUUGCAGACAGUCACUCGGCUCUCAGCGUCCUGGACGUGGACGGGAUGAAGGUGAAAGGCAGAGCUGUGAAGAUCAGACCGAAGACCAAGGACUGGCUGAAAGGUUUGCAGGAGGAGAUCAUUGGGAAGCGGGACAGCCUGGCCUCCAUGUCGCCCACGGCCAACUCCUGUCUGCUGGAGGAGACCUUUGACUUCACAAGUCUGGACUACGAGUCGGAAGGGGAUAUUCUCGAAGAUGACGAAGACUAUUUGGUGGACGAGCUGAAUCAGCCUGUGGUCUCGGACAAUGAACUGGGUGGAGAUGAGCUUUCUGAUGCCCCCAGCUCUACGGCAGUGGCACCUCCCGGCAGGUCGCCUGCACUCACCAAAAAGAAGCAGCAUCCAACCUACAAAGAUGAUGCUGACCUGGUGGAGCUAAAGCAGGAGCUGGAAGCCGUCGGGGACCCCCGCCACCGCUCUCCAAGUAGGUCUCUGUCGGUUCCCAAUAGGCCUCGGCCACCUCACCCACCGCAGAGACCCCCGCCUCCAACUGGUUUCAUGGUGAAAAAAUCCGCCUCGGAUGCGUCCAUCUCCUCCGGCACCCACGGGCAGUACUCGAUUUUGCAGACGGCAAGACUUCUGCCCGGAGCACCUCAGCAAGCACCCAAAGCUAGGACCGGGAUAAGUAAGCCUUAUAACGUCAAGCAGAUCAAAACGACCAACGCGCAGGAGGCGGAAGCAGCGAUCCGAUGUCUCCUGGAAGCCGGAGGAGGCAUCCCAGGAGAAGCCCCAAACGCCAUAGGCCUGAGGGACCAGGGAGCUUCCAAACCAGAGUCCACAGGGGGCGUGGCUCCGCUCCUGCCCCGUCGGCCGGCACCCAAAGUUCCUGCCAUCAAGAAGCCAACCUUGAGGAGAACAGGAAAGCCCGCGUCACCGGAAGAACAGUGUGGGAAUCAGGCUGUCCAUUUUACAGUCGGGCCCCCGGAGAUGAGCCUUGACGCCCCUCCUCUAGUGACAGUUCCUCCGGUUCCCAAACCGAGAACCCUUCAGCCUGGGAAAGGUGCUGCCCGGAAGCCCGCGCCAGACGAGGCCCCGCCCACGGCCGCGCCGCCCCCUCUGGAGGCCCCGCCUCCUGCGCCCCAGGCGCCCCCGAGGAGGAAGAAGUCGGUCCCGGCCGCCUUCCACCUGCAGGUGCUGCAGAGCAACUGCCAGCUUCUCCAGGGCCUCACCUGCAGCAGCCCCGGCAGCGAGUGCCCCCCUGCACACCAGCCUCCAGGGGGCGCUCCCUUUCCACAGCCACCUUUUCUCAGCCCUUCCUCGGCCUCAAGCCCGGAAGCGGCUGGCACCAAGAAUGCAAAGUCAGAGGCGGCCUCUCUUCUGGGCGACUAUCAGGAUCCCUUCUGGAGCCUUCUCCAUCACCCUAACCUGUUGAAUAAUUCCUGGCUUUCCAAGAACUUUGACCCCCUGGACUUGGAGACUAGGAACCUCGAAAGGGCACACGCAGCCCCCCCGCAAGUCAGUGUGUCACCUGCCCAAGAGCCACCGCUGGAGCACAGACAGAAAGACCUGCGUCACUGGGUGACAGUCAGUGACAAGGACAAGAGGACGGUGCUGCAGGUGUUUGACCCACUGGCAGAAACAUGACUGGGAAACUUGGAAGCCGCUCUCCUGCAGGAUGUGUGCCUUUUCUUUGGCAUCACUUUACGGGCGGGAAAGCCCAUUGGCCUCAACCCCUCAGUGGAGAGAGACAUCUGUUUAAAGGCACACUGAAGAAACUGUGGUACUUCUGUCACUCUUGUGUAGUUUACAAAAACUCUGUCUCUUACUCAAUAAGAUUAUUAUUCAGCCACCAAGAUGUGUUUUAUUCCAGACUUGUGCAUGUUAAGUUUCCUCUUGCGUGUGGGAAACCUCUGGUUGGAUUCAGUGUCUGGAUUUUAGGAAAGGGAAUCUAGCUGAUAACACGCAAGGAGCACCCACCCAUUGAAUUUUAAACGGCUGUUCAAUUUAUGUGUGUAUGUGACUUUUAAAAAAAAUAUUGUUUGUGUUUUACAGAUUUGGCAUAACUUUUUGGUGACCCACUUGAAGGUUGAUGCAUAAAGGAAGGAUUAUACUAAAAAGUGGUUGGGACCAUUAAGAGCUGUACCUGGCUGCCUGACCCCAGGUUAAAAAAAUAGCAGAGUAGGAAGUAGCAAAUAGGUCAUCCAAGAGACGAGACCGUUCAUUCCCAUGAGCCCUUGUGUUUAUUUAUGUGCACGGAUGUUAACGUUGGUGUCAUCCCUGCUUUGGUUCUGAAGCCUGUACCAUUAGCUUAACCUGAGCUUCAACUGGCUAAAGCCUCUGGCACCCUGUCAUGGACUUUGCAUGUCCCAUAAAUUGCUACAGUCCUGAGCUCUGGUGUGGUACUUUAACCAAUUUUUACACACUCUAUUCCCUACUAAACAAAACCUUAUGGAUUUCUUUUUUCAAUAUAUUCUGUACCCCGUAAAAGCACAAAAUGUGAAAACUCAUACUGGCACUUAAUAUUGAUUCUCAUUGCUGUCAUUCGAGGAAUGUUUGUCUUCGUCUGGGAUACCUGGCCGUGGCUUCAGGAAGGAAAAUAGAACAUGUCCCUAUGUAUAAGAAGCCCCGGGAUAUUCUGAGUUAGCUUAUCUACUUAUUAGUUUUUUUCGGUACACAUUUCCACCACGGCUUCUUGCCUAUUCAGUCAUUUAAAAAGGCACCAACUGGAGUUCCCCAGUGGCUUAACAGGUGAAGGAUCCAGCUUUGUCACUGCUGUGACUCCGGCUAUGAUGUGGAUUCAGUCCCCAGCCCGGGAACUUCCACGUGCUGCGAGUGCAGCCAAAAAAAAAAAGACAUCAGCAUUCUGUUCACGUGUCUAAAAGGUUCUAAGGCCUAGAAUCCGGUUGGGGCAGAUAUCACAAUUUUACUGAUGAGCGGUUCACUGGCAAAAUCUGAGUGUGCCAUAUACCAUAUUUAGGAGUCUUUGGUGUCAUAGACUCACUCAUACAGCAGUGGUUCUGUGUGACCGUAAGGGGACCCGGGAAUUCCUGCACUAAGAGCUAAUGGUUAGGAAGGCAGGAGUCAUCUUGCCUGAUGCAAUACCACUCUUCUUUCACCCAUCAGACCUCUGGGAUUUCAGACUUAGCUCUCAUUACCCCUCUCAAGAUACACUGCAGGGGAGUUCCUGUUGUGGCACAGAGGGAAGAAAUCCUACUAGGAACCAUGAGGUUGUGGGUUUGAUCCCUGGCCUUGCUUGGUGGGUUGAGGAUCCAGCAUUGUUGUGAGCUGUGGCGUGUAGGUCGCAGACUCGGCUCGGAUCCCGAGUUGCUGUGGCUGUGGUGUAGGCCAGCAGCUACGGCUCCUGUUGGACCCCUAGCCUGGGAACCUCUGUAUGCCACGGGUGCGGCCCUAGAAAGGCAAAACGGAAAAAGGGAGGACAAUUGGAAUUGCCUUUAAAUCAUUGUGUAACUGUUGGGAGGUUUCCUAGAUUUGCAGUAUAGCUGGUUGGCAGUAAGCAGUUGCUGUUCUAGGGGUUUCAUUCCAUGGUUUUUAUAUUGAGUCUUCUUUUGCUGCUCCCACACUGGCCUUUUUCCUGUGACCUUGCAGUUGGUUUCGUGACUGUUCUGUUAGGCGUUACAGUUCACUGGGAAGUAUUUUAGGCACAUGCUUUACAAUUCAGCAUUGUCUCCCUGAUCCCAAAGAGAUUGAUUCCCUUUUUAUAACACAAUCUUCUGACUUCUUGGCCUGCUUUAAAAAUUUGCUCUGGGAGUUCCCAUCAUGGCGCAGUGGAAAUGAAUCCAACUAGGAACCGUGAGGUUGCGGGUUCGAUCCCUGGCCUCGCUCAGUGGGUUAAGGAUCCGGCGUUGCCAUAAGCUGUCGUGUAGGUCACAGACAUGGCUCGGAUCCUGAGUUGCUGUGGCUGUGGUGUAGGCCAGCAGCUACAGCUCCGAUUCAACCCCUAGCCUGACAACCUUCAUGUGCCACGGGUGUGGCCAUAUAAAAGCAAAAAAAAAAAAAAGAAAAAAGAAAAGAUUGUUCCAGUAAAUUACUGAAACUAGGAUAUCUGCCUAAGCAUUUCCUAUAAAAGUUUAAAGUUGUUGAAGUUCAAGACAAUUAAUACAAUUCUCCUGACCUGUGUAUAAGCAAGGUAAUCACCAAAACAUUUGCUUUAUAGUGAAGUUAUUUGAUUAGAAAGGAAAGCUGCAAAAAUUACUUAUUGAGUGACUGGCAAUUAACAAAACCCUGUAAUGUUUAUUUGAAGUGAUAAUUUGUACUGAAAUUGUAAAAAACACCUAUUAAAGUUUUGGUUUGGUUUUGUUUAA